GUGGGGAGGGGAAUAAAGGCGGAGGAGGGGCGGAAUGCUGCCUCUUUUGCUUUAAUGGCAGUGGUGCAAACCCUAAAGGAGAGAUAAGUCGCUUCCAUUGGUGACGGGAGUAUCUCGCCCGUGUGGGGAAAAGGGAACGGGGUUUUGUCGCCACCUGCCUUGCUCUUCCGUCCGUUGCCAUCUCGGCGUCCCGAUCUAUUUUGGCAUUUUCCCUGCCCAUUCUACCCGUGAUGGAGAGAGACGCUGGGGAGACACAGGAAUGCGUCCUGUUCCCCCGUGUCGGCAUUUUGGAUUUGGAUUUCGAUUUCAGGGGCCGGUGAAGGUCGACAAGAUUUGGACUGAGAAGUUGCAACUUUCUUAAUUGAAUGAAUGGAAAAUAGAACGAUCUUUCUUACAUUUUAGGUUCGCUGUUGGCAUCGCUUCUCCGUCUACGGUGGCACCCGAAGGUUGCGAUUUUGAUUCAUUCGGCUUUGGCUUCCCAUCGGAAUAUUAGUAUAUUGGCUUGAAGUUUAGUGAGUUCGUCGGAGAAAGAAAAGAAGGAUCUUGUCGCGAGUGCUAAAGAAGAACAUUGUGCUUUGGAUGCUAUUCGGUGCUAGCAAUGGUUCCUAGAAGCUAUAUUACCUGUCUGCUCACUGUAUUUGUGGUUUUGGUCCUUUUACCUCACACACACCAGCUGCAAUCCUCCCAAGCUUGGUCGUUGCUGAGAAUCCAGCGGCUUCUCAAUUAUCCACCUGUUCUGAGUAGCUGGAAUACCAGCACGGACUUCUGCAAUGCUGAUCCAAAUCCAUACCUGACAGUUGUUUGCUACGAAGAGAGCAUAACCCAGUUGCACAUAAGUGGAAGUGAUAGUUCUCCGCCUCUGCCACUGAGUUUCUCGAUCGAUUCUUUCUUCACUACUCUCACUCGGCUCCCAAACUUGAAGGUCCUCUCCUUGACUUCGCUAGGCCUUUGGGGUCCCCUUCCUCCAAAGAUUUCUCGCUUGUGUUCUCUAGAGAUCGUCAAUAUGAGCUCAAAUUACUUGUAUGGAGCCAUUCCUCGGCAAGUUUCCAGUUUGAGACAUCUCCAAACUCUUAUACUUGAACACAACAUGUUCACUGGCCAAGUUCCUGAUGUUUUGAGUGAACUUUCUCUUUUGGCUGUGUUGAACUUACAGAACAAUACUUUAAGUGGGCCUUUGCCACAAUCGAUUAGUGGUCUGCAGUCACUUAGGGUGCUUGUUCUCUCCUCAAAUAGUUUGUCUGCGGAUUUACCUGAUCUUAGUGGUUUGACUAACCUUCAAGUGCUUGAUCUAGAGAACAACUACUUCGGACCUCAAUUUCCAAGAUUACAGAGGAAGGUGGUGACUGUUGUGUUGAGAAAAAAUAGGUUCGGUGGUGGCUUGCCAGCUGAUCUAAGCUCCUAUUAUUUGCUCGAACGGUUGGAUGUCUCUUUCAAUAAAUUCGUUGGGCCUUUUCAGCCAUCGCUGUUGUCUCUUCCUUCUAUUCGAUAUCUGAAUAUUGCUGGAAACAGAUUCACUGGAAUGCUUUUUCAAAACACGACAUGCAAUGUUGAUCUUAAGUUUGUAGAUUUGUCUUCAAAUCUUUUGUCUGGUAACUUGCCAACAUGUCUGCUUUCAAACACUAAUGACAAGGUGGUUUUGUACUCAUCAAAUUGUUUAGGGAUCAAGGAUCACGGUCAGCAUCCAACCUCAUUUUGCCAGACUCAAGCUUUGGCUGUGGGAAUAUUGCCUCACCAAGAAAAGAGAACAUCAGGUGGCAAAGCAGUUAUCGCAAUUGGUGUAGCGGUAGGGAUUGUUGGAAGCAUUUCGAUAGUUGGUUUUGCAGUUUUCUUUGCUAUUAGAAGAGGAAUUAUCAAGAGGCUAAUGAAGCAACCUCCAAGAAGAAUAGUAGAGCAUGCUUCAAGUGGCUACCCUUUCAAGUUGCUGGCUGACGCAAGGUACAUAUCUCAAACAAUGAAGUUGGGAGCACUUGGCAUUCCAUCUUAUAGAUCAUUUUCAGUGGAGGAGCUGGAAGCUGCUACAAAUAACUUCGAACCGUCAAGGUUCAUGGGAGAAGGCUCUCAUGGUCAGAUAUACAGAGGAAGACUCAAAGAUGGUUCCUGGGUGGCAAUAAGAUGCUUAAAGCUGAAAAAGGGACAAACUUCCCAGAACUUCAAUCGGCAUAUUGAAUUAAUAUCCAAGCUUAGGCAUCGCCAUUUGGUCAGUGCCCUUGGCCACUGCUUUGAGUAUAACCUGGAUGAUUCCAGUGUCAGCAGAUUAUUUCUCAUUUUCGAAUAUGUGUCAAAUGGAACAUUAAGAAGCAAUAUAUCAGAGGGAGGUCAGAGGCUUACAUGGAUACAGAGGCUAUCAGCUGCCAUUGGUGUAGUAAAGGGUAUUCAGUUUUUGCAUGGGGGUAUCAUGCCUGGCUUGUUUUCAAAUGAUCUAAAAGUCACAAAUAUAUUUUUAGAUCAGAAUCUUGUUGCAAAAAUCAGUAGCUACAACCUUCCAGUACUAGCAGAGAAUAUGAUAACUAUGGUAUCUGCAGGAGGUUCAUCGAGUGGAUCAAAUGAACCUGGUGGAAGGCUCAAACAUUUGGAUAAGAUUGACAUCUAUGAUUUUGGUAUCAUCUUACUGGAAAUUGUAUCCGGCAGGCCAAUCACAUUAACAAGUGAAGUCCACAUAAUGAAAGAUGAGUUACAAGAAAGUAUUCUAGCUGAUGGAGCUGCUCGGAGGAGCCUCGUGGAUCAUUUUAUAAGAAGGCAAAGCUGUGAUGAAUCACUGAAGACUGUCAUGGAGAUCUGCCUGCGAUGUCUUUCGGAGGAACCAACUCAGAGACCCUCGGUCGAAGAUGUGCUUUGGAACUUGCAUUUUGCUGUUCAAGUCCAAGAAUCUUGGAGGUGGGACUCUCAAAGUAGUGAAGAUUCACCUCUUUCACCUCGUCAGCCUCCCCGAUCGCCAGUCUCACUCAAUUAGCUACUAUCGUGGCAUAAUGGUUGGCUGCUUCCACGGUCGUCACCCAGCCCAAAGUAAAGACGUCUCUGUCUGGGUCUUCUAUAGUUAAGAGCUGCAUGCUGCAAUUACCAGGAAAGGGUCAAGGAUUAACGUCCACAAAUUUACCCAUCAUGACAAAGACUGACCUGUGCUGCUAAGAAAUCUGCCUAUUAAUCAUCAUUAGAAAGAACUUCAAUGUUUUCACUGUCAACCAAAAGUUUCCAAUUUGUUUGCGUCCGAAAAGAGAAGAAAGAACCCCACAAGAUGGAUGUACAAAAUGCACUUCAGUAUCAUGUUUGUCAUGCA